GGCAGGUAAUUGCUGAUGGCUGUGAUCUCUGGAGGUCGACUGUUUGAAAUCUUAUUGGAAGAGGGAAAGAAAUCUGCCAUCCUCUUCUGCUAUAAUCUAGUUGUGCUUGCAGACCCCAACUGCCCUCUGAAAUGGUCCUGCAAGUCAAAGGCAUUUAGGCAUGAACAAGAAAUGCUGACCAUACUAGCGACACCUGAUUUCCAUGAAAAAAUAAAAUACAAGAUGAGGCAGCAGAUGGCAGAUUGUGUGACGAAGGUUGAACUGAGUGUCAGUUGUGAGAAUUUACUGGAUAGAGAUGUUACUUCCAAAUCCGAUCCGCUGUGUGCCCUGCUUAUGAAUGUUGGUGGAAAUCAGUGGGUUGAAAUCGGUCGCACAGAGAGAGUUAACAACUGCCUUUCUCCAAAGUUUGCAAAGAAGUUCCUGAUAGACUACUGCUUUGAGCAGGUCCAGAAGCUGAAGUUCGGAAUUUACGAUAUAGACAAUAGAACCAUUGAUUUGAGUGAUGAUGACUUUUUGGGAGAACUUGAGUGUACUCUGGGACAGAUUGUUUCCAGCAAAAAACUGACCAGACCCCUCAUGCUGCGAAAUAGAAGACCAGCAGGAAAAGGAACUAUCACGAUUUUUGCAGAAGAAGUGAAAGAUAGCCGGGUGGUAAACUUUGAAGCUCAAGCACGGUCUCUGGAUAAUAAGGAUUUCUUCGGGAAGUCAGAUCCAUAUUUAGAAUUCUACAAACAAACUGAAGAUGGAAGAUGGCAAAUGGUGCAUCGAACAGAGGUAAUAAAGAAUAACCUGAAUCCAAGUUGGAAACCUUUUAGAAUUCCUCUGCGGUCUCUGUGUAAUGGGGACUUAGAGAGGUCUAUCAAGGUGGAUUGUUAUGACUAUGACAAUGAUGGCUCACAUGAUCUAAUUGGUAUAUUUGAGACUAAUAUGACUAAACUACUGGGAGCAUCCUACUAUUCACCGGCAGAAUUUGAGUGUAUUAAUCCAAAGAAGAAACAGAAAAAGAAAAAUUACAAAAACUCAGGAAUAGUGAGUUUUAAAUUAUGCCAGAUUGUGAAAGAGUACACUUUUCUAGAUUACAUCAUGGGUGGCUGUCAGCUGAACUUUAUUGUUGGAAUUGACUUUACUGCAUCAAAUGGUGAUCCACGUACACCCAAUUCUCUACAUUUUAUAGCUCCUAAUGGAUUUAAUGAAUACCUGAUGGCCAUCUGGUCUAUUGGGAUAAUCAUUCAAGACUAUGAUACAGACAAAUUAUUCCCAGCAUUUGGAUUCGGUGCAAAACUACCUCCAGCCUGGCAGGUAUCACAUGAGUUUCCCCUUAACUUCAACCCUGAAAACCCAUUUUGUGCAGGGGUCCAAGGGAUAGCUGAUGCCUACCGCAACUGUCUUCCUCAAGUUCAGUUGUAUGGACCCACAAACUUUUCUCCAAUAAUAAACCACGUGGGAAGAUUUGCAGCUGCAGCAGCACAGCAGCAUAAAGCUUCACAAUAUUUCAUCCUGUUGAUCAUCACCGAUGGUGUGAUAACGGAUUUAGAUGAAACAAGACAGGCCAUCGUGAAUGCUUCUAAGUUGCCGAUGUCCAUCAUUAUUAUUGGUGUUGGUGGAGCAGAUUUUAGUACUAUGGAAUUUCUGGAUGGUGAUAAUGGUGUUCUCAGAUCACCUACUGGAGAAGUAGCAGUCCGGGAUAUUGUCCAGUUUGUGCCAUUUAGAAAGUUUCAAAAUGCACCCAAAGAAGUUCUUGCACAAAGCGUACUGGCUGAAUUACCUCAGCAAGUGAUGUCCUACUUCAACACUUACAAACUCAGUCCUCCGAAUGAGCCAAGUCCCUAAAUAUCUGAAUGUUUGAUCUGAUUUCAGUCAUGAUCUACAAAUAUGUUCACUGGAGUGCAAAAAUGUUCAUUACUACCAGUGUUAGCCACUAAAGAUUUUUUAAUGAAAAAUUUUAUAUAAAAAUGUUUAUGAAUCUAAAUUUAUGAAUCUAAACAUGUUAAUAUUUUGAAUAACCUUGAUAAAACAAUAUAAUGACAUUUGUCAAGGUUUAAUUAAUUAGCAUGAUUCUACAUUAUAUUGUCACUCAAUGAAAUAACAGUCUAUUAAGUGCCUAGUUUGUGGCAUCUCUUGUAUCCUUAGUCCUUUACAUGCCCAGUCCUUUGAGUUGUUCCUGUUCUGUUGAAAAGUUAAAUCAGUCUAUUUUAUAAAUACUGAAGGUGACUUUCUGAUGUUAUUUUAUACUCCAGUAUUGCAGUGUUUUUUUAAAAUUGUACUACAAAUUUAUGAAUUAUUCUGCAGAUGUUUUAUUUUGAAAUUUUAUAAUUUUCUGUUGGGAAAUGUUCAAUUUUGAAUUGUUAGACUGGGGCCAAAUACUCAAAUAUGAAAUAGCUGCUGUUACUAAGUAAUUGAGAAUGGCUAGUGUUUUUACUUUAAGGCACCAUCAUAUUAUUUAAUUGUGAAAAAAGUUGAAUAAAGACUUUAAAGACCUGUUCAAGGAUAAAUCCAGCCUGUGUACUUAAUGCAAUGAUCAAAUCUCUCUUUAAAUAGCAUAUUUUUGAAGUAUAAAGUAUACUAUGUUGUUCACUUCAACUUUAGCAGUUUAGAAACAGAACAUAAAUACAAAAUUAUAACUUGAAUUUAAAAUAAUCGUGAAGUAACGAACAAACAUUCUUAAGUAUAUUGCUGAAGUUAUCAUCAUGUAUUUGUGUUUCAAUUAAAUAUAAGUUUCACAGCAUUUAUCCAUCCCUAUUGCCUUAUAAAUUCAACUGCUCAGUUAAAUGUUUCCAAAUUCAAUACAAUUUUGAAAUGUACAUGAUUAUUACUGUGUAAAAUAUUACAAAUUAAAAUAUUUGAAGAUGUUAUGAU